AUGUCGGCCGCUGUACUUCUUCCACCCUCUCGUCCAGCCUCAUCAAGUCGCAUAGUAGACCUUACCGAUGAGGUAGAACUACCUACCCCUCCACCGAAGAGACGCCGUACGAACAAUGGACGAGCGGUGCCAGUGGCGUCGCACGAUGUAUUAGUGAUUGAGAGCGACGAUGAAGACCCUGCUCUUUCCUCGAUACCUUCUGGCAGCACCCGACCUUCUCGCACGCGCCGCUUGGUCUCGCCACCGGCACCUCGCGCUAGUACCUCUACAGUACCGCCUGUUCCGGAACUUCCGCGACGGGGCGGGCUACCUCAAGGCGUCAUCAUGCCAUUAGCUAACCCACUCUUUGAUGCGAUUGGGGAUAGACUCGCUAGCGUUGGUCGUGGUCUAGCAUCAUUCCGUGCCUCGAACUCGAGCUCGCCGGCUCCUACCGCUGCAAGGCCGUCCCACCACGUCCCACGCAUGGGCCUCGGUGGUGGAUUACUUGCCCGACUGGACGACUCCGCCCGUGAGCGGCGCGCGCUUCUUGAGUUCCAACGCCGACACGCUCAGCGCCAUCGCCGAACUGCCAUGCAAAUGAUGGGUAUCGAGGAUUACGAUCCGGACGAGGAUUCUCUCGAUGGUUUCGGCGAUCGUGAUCCUGCCGUCGCUCGACCAUUCCAAUCGUUCGCUGGUGUCAUGACUACAAGGCUUAUUCAACCGAACAAGCCUGACUACCGCCAGGAUUAUACGCACAGGCCGGUCCUGCCCGAUCCUGGCUUCACAUACGAUUUUGAGCAAGGCGCGGCUGAAACUCGCAAGGUCGAGGUGCUGGACGAUAACGGCGAUCUGGAAAUCGAAGAGAUCGCCCCUACGACACAGACCACGACGCUGCUUGUCUGUGCGCGAUGCAACAAUCCCCUUGUCUGGAAUGGCGAAGGUUCUCAGCGUCUUUGGGCGCUACGUUGCGGUCACAUGCUUGACGGCAAAUGUGUUGAUGCGCUCAUGCCCAAGACCAAGCCAGCUGGACUUGAAGAAGUCGAGGAAGAGGUUUCUGCCACGAAAAGCGUCGACCGCAAAGGGAAGGGGAAGGGCAAAGUGAAGGCGCCGCCACCCGAGCUCGAAGGCGCCGCCGAUUCGAUACGUUCCCGCUUAAGGUCACGUCCAGCCCCUGUCGCGCCACCGCCCAAGAAGCGCUCGUCUAUACUCAAGAAGGGCAAGGGCAAAGCGUCUGUAGCCACUAAGGUAGAUGAGCACGAAUGGAAGUGCCCCGUAAAGAAGUGCGGACGAAGCCAUAUUUCCGACUUGAUCAAGGAUGGGCCGGGACACGAGGGUGAGAUGCGCUGGGUGCAUCGCGAGGGGGAGGGUCCACUGCCCAUUUUCCCCGCCUAG